AUGUUCCUAAAAAGGCAACAUCUGGAUGAUCAUCCGAAGCUUUGCCGACUCAGCUCUCGAGCCCUGAAACCGUUAAUAAUCACUGACACCCUCCAUUUCAAGCCGUCAACUUACCCCAAUGUCAUAGUCAAGGGAGCUACUUACUUUUGCUCUUCGUUCACAGCGACCCCAACAGCACGAAUCAUGGCACCUCCCACUUCAUCACCUGAUUUUAAUGGUGCAACAGAAUCAGAACGGUUGCUUGGCACUCGAAGUGCAGAUUCGAAUAUCGAGCCAACAUCAUCCAUCAACGGACAAGACCGAGAAGCCAUCGCAUUGAAGCUUGCCGCGGCAGCUUACUCUUUCGUAGUCGCGGGCCUUUUCGUGGCUACAAUCGGAGUUACACUACCGCACCAGCAAACAUAUUACCAGCUCAACGAAAUUCAAGUUUCUGCCAUCUUUCUCGUUGGACCAGUCGGCUACUGCUUGGCAUCUCUUCUCAACAGUCGCAUCCAUGAGAAACUCGGGCAACGCGGAAUUGCUUUCAUAGGUCCCGCAUGCCAUCUGGUCUACGCUGUAGUAGGCUCCUUCCAUCCACGUUUUCCAGUAUUCCUUCUGGGAGUCACUGUAGGUUCCUUCGGAGUUGGCAUAGUCGAUGGAUCCUGGUGUGCUUGGGUUGCUGCACUGAACAACGCGAAUACCCUAUCGGGUCUUUUGCAUGGCUCAUUCUCGAUUGGAGCUGCGACUUGCCCCUACCUAGCAGGGAUUAUGUUGUCUACGAAUAAUGGACAGUGGUAUCAGUGGUUCUAUGUGCUGGCUAUUGCAUCUGCUGUAGAAGUGGUCUUUCUGCCCCUGGCGUUCAGACACGAGACUGCAGCGAAGUACCAUGAGAACAAGAAGAAGCAGGGAAACCCUGAAGAUGGAGUAGAUCAACGAGCCAUCUUCCGAUACAGCGCGACCUGGAUAUACGCUGCUUACCUUCUGGCAUACGUGGGCACUGAGUGCACUGUUUCCGGCUGGGUUGUCACAUUCAUGCUCCGCGUCCGCCAUACGAGCACUUAUGCAUCCAGUAUUUGCUCUUCUGGCUUCUGGGCAGGCAUGGCGAUUGGACGACUAGCUUUGGGUGCAGUCACGGAGAAAUUGACCCCAAGACGGGCAGUCAUCAUUUACUUGGCACUUGCUCCCACCAUUGUGGUGCUUUUCAUGAUAGCGCAGGUUCUGUGGAUCUCGGUACUUUCGAUGGCACUGCUCGGCUUCGUUAUGGGCCCGCUAUUCCCGUCCUGCAUCGUUGAGUUCGUUCAUUACCUACCAAAAGAGCUUCAUGUUGGUGCGGUAUCGUUUGUUGCUUCCCUCGGCCAAGUCGGCGGCGCCAUACUUCCAUACAUGCUCGGCGCUAUCACCCAGGUGGUGGGGCUCCAUGUGUUUCCUUACAUGCUUCUCUCACAAUUUGCUGUCAUUCUUCUUCUGUGGCUCAUAUCAUAUAAGGUGGCAGGGAAGAAGAUACUCCAAGAAGAGCCUGUGCGAAUAAGACAAGACUGA